CACGUAGCACCUUAUUGGCCACUUUGGCGCAAAUGUAUUGUAGUGGUUCCCAGGCUACCCUUCACACCCUACCAACGUCCAUGACAUCACUUCCGGCGCCAAUGCUCCACCUACCCAUCUCCUCUACCACAGCAUAAGGACUAAUUGCUCUCUUUACACCGUACCUUACCCUAAUACGUAUCCGUUCAAUCGUUACACUGAUGCACCGAACCUUGCAGUAACCAGAACCUCCCCACCGUGAAAUCGCGCGCCAUUCCGGGCGGCACAAAGACAGUUAGUUGCGCCAAUGUCCAAGAUGGCGACCUACAAAGCAACCCUUGCCGCAACGACAAACGCGCCCGGAAGAAGCAGACCUGCCCCGCGCCCGCGUCGCUCCCGCGCGUCUGGAUCCUUCCACGCCGGCGAGCCGUUUCCUCUGCCAUCCCCCUGUGACGAGACGAGGCCGAGCAGGAGCCGGACAGCCCUACUACUGUCGCUCGCCGAAGCCGCCCCCCGCCGCCCACUCCGUCGGCAGUCGACGGCCAGAUACCACACCUUCCCGACCUCGCCGCCUCCCACGCCUUCGGAGCGCCAGCGGUCGCCGCUUGAGCCACGCCCCUGGUACAGGCGGCUUACAGAACACAAUGCCACCAGCGCAGACUCCACUCCCCUACCAUGGUCGCAGCUCUAUCUGCUGGCGAUCCUCUCGCUCGCCGAACAAACGGCGCUCAACUCGAUCGGCCCCUACCUGCCGACGAUGGUGGCGUCGUUCGACGAGAUCCCCGACGGGCAGGAAGGGCUGUACGUGGGGCUCCUCGCGUCGGCGUUCGCCCUCGCGCAGCUGGCGACCAACCUGCUGUGGGGCUGGCUGUCGGACCGCGUGGGCCGCAAGCCGACCAUGCUGCUGGGCACGUCGUUGCUGAUGGUUUGCUUCCUGUUCUUCGGCUUUUGCGGGACAUACGCGCAGCUGAUCAUGGUGCACGUCGCCAUGGGCCUGCUGAACGGCAACGCCGCCAUCGUGCCGACCUGCCUGGGCGAGCUCACGGACCGCACCAACCAGAGCAGCGCCUUCACCUGGCUGCCCGUCAUUUAUAGCAUUGGGAGCAUUACGGGCCCCGCGCUAGGCGGGCUGCUGGUGACCGCGGCGGAAGGGGCGAGGUAUCCUUUCGUCUUGCCCAAUGUCAUGGUCACGGGGCUGCUGCUCUCAAGCGUCAUCGUGCUGGCUCUCUUCUUCGAGGAGACGCUUGAUCACGUGGAAAGCAGCGUUGCGGGAGCAGGUUUGGACUUCGUGAAGGCAGCGCGCGAGUGGUGCAGGGAUGGAUUUCGACGGAUGCUGUGGCGGCCUACCAGAUUUCGCGACGAAUUGCCCGUGUACGAGGGCGACGCUCCCGAGAGUUCUGGCGACUUUGACGAUGAACAGCAGGGCUUACUCGGCGCAUGCGACUCAGACGCUGACGACAGCAACGUGGGCGCGAAGGAGGAAACCUCGGCGUUCCGCGAACUACGUAACCGCAACACGGUCGCUGUGCUGGGCACAUAUCUCGUCUUCCAGCUCGCCAACAUUUCCUACAACUCGCUGUAUCCCAUCUUUGCCUCCACGCCGCCGCCCACAGGCCGCGACCUGGGUCCCGGCACCAUCGGCGUCAGCCUGUCGCUGGCCGGUUUGGCCACCAUCCUGUUCCAGCUGUCCAUCUUCCAACGACUCAAGGCGCGCAUCGGCAAUUUGGUCACAUACCGCUACUCGCUGUUAGGCAUGGCAAUCAGCAUGGCGCUCAUGCCCUUCAUCGGCUACGUGGACGGGUCCGGCAAGGGCUGGCUGUACGUCGAGCUGGGUGGGAUCUUGGUGCUUAAGAACAUCUGCGCGGUCGGCGGGCUCAGCAGUGUAAUGCUUCUUAUCACGAACUCGGCUCCCUCAAACGAGACGCUCGGCACACUACAGGGCCUUGCGCAGACGCUCUCUGCCGCGGGCCGCAGCGUGGGGCCGUUUCUCUCUGGCGGCCUGUUCACUCUAUCGACCCGGGUCAAGCCGAAGGGGGAGGCUCUUGCAUGGGGCAUUUUCGCUGGGAUCACGCUUGUGGGAUGGCUAGGCUCCUUUGGGAUACGGAAUCAUGGUCUGGAGAGUGCGGAGUUUGAGGAUGGUACUAGUAGUAAUGACGAGGAACAGGGGUCAGAGGACGAGGGGUCAGAGGAUUAUCCAUAUAGCGAUGUACAUUAUAGGCCAGAUCAGCCCUAGCUAGAUACACUGGCUAGUAUUACUACUUCUAUUUAUCCUCUCUCCUUUAUUUUUAAUCCAAUCCCCUUUUUUUACUUUCGAA